AUGGGGGACGAAGGCGGCGGCCGCAGGGGUAGGACCACCAGCGAGCUGCAGAGGCUGAAGAAGCAGGCGAUGGAGUACUACCGGCAGAACGGCGUGCCGCUGCAGCUGGAAGAGCUGCUCAACUCCACCUUCUACCUCCAGCCCGACGAUGUCUACGGGCACCUGGCAAACUGCUUUUCUAAACUUGCAAAGCCACCCACCAUAUGCAAAGUCGUGGGGAAGGGCGUGCUGGAUGGACUGGGCCUCCCAACCCUCCAAGUGGAAAUAUUCUGCACUGUCCAAAACUUCCCCAAGAACAUAUGUUCUGUGGUGAUCUCAUCUCACUUUGAAGUACGGGAGAACUCCCCACCUGAGUUGGUGGAAGUGGAGGAAAUGGGAAGGAAUGACGCCAUCAGAACCGCCUUGCAGUGGGUCAAUGGACCAAUCAGCACAGAGCUUCAGGGCCUCAACCCUUCCAACCAGGCCCAGGUGGAUCAAGUGCUCAGGGCAUUCUUUGCAAAUAAGGUGCAGGAAGAUCUGGAGAGAAAAGCAUUGGAAGAUGUGCUAGAAGAUACACCAGUGCUGACCCCUCUACCGCCAGUACCACUGCCACCUCCUCCGCUACCGCCCACAAAAAAGAAAGGUCAGAAGCCAAGGAGAAGGGAUACCCUUAUUGAGAAGCCAGUCUUGCCUGAAGAGCCCCCCGAACCUGUUCUCCGUGGCAGCAUGGCCGUGGGCGCCGUGUCACUAGCGGUUGCCAAAGCCAGUGCCAUACUGAGCAGCAAACCUCUGUACUUGAACUUGGCGCUCCUGAAGCACAGCCAGGAACUGCCCUUAAAGUUGACUGUACCUUUGCUGAUGGUAUCUCUGCUCAGCUGUGGGAAGGCCUCUCCUGGGAAGCUGAACUUAAUGAAAGAAGUGAUUUGUAUCCCCCAUCCUGGAUUAAGCGCCAGACAAGGUGUGGAGAUGCUUCUGGAAAUUCAGAAACAAGUUAACAAGACAAUUGAAAUGGUCCCUCCUUCAAAAACAGAGAUGAAGAAAGGGCACAAUGGAGGCAAGAAGGGCCAACAGCAGAUUACUGGAAAAAUGACCCACCUUGGCUGUUUAGCCAUUAACUAUGACACCAUGGAGCAGCCCAUCCUCCUGCUACAAGGAAUCUGUGCAAACCUGGGCCUGGAAUUGGGAACCAACCUGCAUCUGGGCAUCAACUGUGCCGCACACGAGCUGAUGGACUAUAGUAAAGGGAAGUACGAAGUGAUGACGGGGACAUUCAAAAGUGCGGCCGAGAUGGUUGACCUGUAUGUGGAUCUCAUCAACAAAUAUCCUUCCAUUAUCGCCUUAAUCGAUCCUUUCAGGAAGGAGGACUCUGAGCAGUGGGACCGCGUGUGGGGUGCCCUUGGGGCCAGGUGUUACAUCAUCGCAGGAGCUGCAUCUGGGAGCAUCUCUAAGCAUCUCGAGGAAGGAAACCUCAUCAUCCCGCUGGCCAGCGGGCUCAUCAUCAAACACACCAACCAAACGACAGUAUCUGAUCUGGUGGAGGUGACCCAUCUCAUUGACAGUAAGAAGUGCACCGCCGUCUUUGGAAGCACAGAAGCCGAGUCAUCUGAUGACAGCCUCGUUGAUCUGGCCGUUGGACUGGGCGUCCAGUUUGUCAAGUUGGGAGGUCUUUCUCGAGGCGAACGGGUGACUAAGUACAACCGGCUUUUGACGAUAGAGGAAGAGCUUGCUCAGGACGGAGCACUGGAUGUCCAUGAAGAACACACCUUCUUCUGCCUUAAUGAAGAAGCUGCAACGGCUGCCGAGGCGCUGGAGGUGGCUGCUGUCACAGCCGAUGAGUGA